UGAUCUUUCUUCUUUCGCCGGUCAUAACCGCUUUGAAGAUACUAGAUGGAAUCUCAAGACUCUCAUAUUGCUAUAGACGCUAUCGCUGAGCAAUUGGCUCAUCUAGGUCAACUUAUCCAACAACUCUUGGCACAGGUACAGCCUCAAGUAGUUUCUUCCCCGGCUAUGGUGUCGUCUCAGCCGAAUUUACAUGAACUACCAGUACGUCCCAGUUACGAAUGGCAACCUGACCAGACCCUCUUGCAACGAAUACCCUCUCUGUCCAGUUCAUUAUUUCACCAAACUCUCCCCGAUACGGACCGACGUAACAUUGUGAAACGCUACCCUACCAUUCAAGGUGUGAAAUAUUCACCUCCAAACACUGUCCCAGAAGCCCUCAAAAAGUUUAACAAAGGUCAACUAAGAGAAGACAACACACUUCGUAACCUACAAUACACGGCUUCUGCUAUUGCACGCCCUUUUGACGUCCUUUGCCACACGCUUCAGCCUCUUAUACCUCCCGAGCAAACCGACAGAGUGUAUGCCAUUUUGAAUGACGUCCGAACGCUCCUGUUACACCUAUGUGGCUCCCUUAACACCGCCAGAAACAAUCUUGCACUACGGGCAAUCAACCCCUCCUUCCAAGUCCCUUCGGAAAACGGGAUGGAUUUUACCAUGGAGCCAAAAAAGUUUCAAGAAGCUUUAUCACACAACACCACAAUUCAAAAGACAAUUCGGGACGCAUAUCCAAAAAGACAAAAGCAAAUUUGUCACGGGGACACCGUUCACGGCGGCGGGGGGAGUUCUCCGUCAACCAUAGCCAGCUGGAAUAAUCAACGACGAUUCAAAAACAACAACAACACCGAAAACCAAACCCGUUUUCGAUCAUACAACCAGAAUCGAUUUCGAACCAACCAAAAUACCAACACCAAUAAAGACAGCACGAUAACUCAGCAGUAGGUGGCCGCCUACAACGCUUCUACACAUCAUGGACUCGGCUUACCGACAGCAAAUGGGUCCACUCGGUUAUCAAAGAAGGCUUCAAAAUCCAUUUCCGACAACAACCUCCAACCUCCUCACACACGCUUCCAACAAUACCUUACAAUUUAGAACAACGACAACUAAUCAGGAAAGAGAUAGCAGAUUUACUACAAAAACGGGCCAUCGCACCGGCAUCGGAAU